CAGCUCCCGAGCACUUCCGUUCCUCCAGCCAACAAGGAAGUUCACCACACUCCAGUCUUCGUCGGCGUCCUCUCCGCAAAUCUGACACAAUAUCGUCGUUAUUUCUGUUAGGAAGGUGACUGCUCACCUGUCGGUAUGGCGAUGUCAACCUUUCAGAAGGUGACCCUCGCGACGUGCCUCGUGCUGUGCGUCGCGUUGCUGCUUCCUAAAAUGCUGUUAUCCCGGGGGAGGAAGGAUGCUGCCGAGCGGCCGGAGGGUUCAGGACGGUUCCCUCCAAUGUUGCACCGUCAGAUGGCUCCAGAGAGCAGAGGUCAGAGAGCCGCGGGGUCCGGAGCCUCCAGGGCCCACAACACAGAGGCCAUAGGCAGAGGCAAGGGAGCAGGAACAGGGGCGGGAGCUGGAGGCAAAUCCAACCUGGCAGGACAGAUCAUCCCUGUGUAUGGCUUCGGGAUCUUGCUCUACAUCCUCUACAUACUCUUUAAGAUCACGUCUAAAGGGAGCAGCAAGCCAGCAGAGGGGAGGUUCCCUGCAUCACGCUCAGAGAACCUCAAGAGAAAGAUCACUGAUUUCCAGCUUGCCCAGCUGCAGGAGAAGCUGAGGGAGACAGAGCUGGUGAUGGAGAAGAUUGUUUCCAAAGCCCAUCACAGUCCUAACAGGGUGAAGGGUGUGAUGGCAGACCAGGAGGAGAGCCUCCUUCAGCAGUUGACGGAGAUAACACAGAUGAUGCAGGAGGGUCAGCUGGUGGAGGGAAUGGCUCCAGAGAAGAAGCCCCAGGAUGACUGGAAAGAUUAUCCAGAGGAGCCUCAUCCAUACUGGGAACAUUCCCACUGCUGUUGUAAGGAGCACCACCACAGUCCACAGACAGAGGCAGAGAGAACAGAAGGCGACGGGGCCGACCUGCUCGAAAACCUCCCUGCAGACGUCACAGGUGGAGACGUGGUCGAGGAAGCAGAAGAUCUGAGCAAAAGAGCUGCGAGAGAAUCUGAUCUGACAGCAGCAAGUAGAGAGGAUGUAGGGUUAGAGAGUGAUUUAGGGAAAACUGAGGAGGAGGACAUGCAUGAACACAGAAAGGAACUGGGUCAGAUUGAUCUGGGCGUCCCAGAGGAGGAAAUGGUUGGAGUCCUGAAAGAGCUGGAGCUCACGCUGAGGAUGACAUCCGUAUUGGAGCAGGAGAAGAUUGAGGACCUGGCGCAACCAGCGGACUCAGAAACGGCCUGCAGCUUGGUCAGGCGCAGAAACAAGAGGAGGAGAGCAAAGAAAGACACAAACUGACCAACGCGAUUCAGACACAGUCAACUUGAGCCGGGGUCUGGUUUGUGGGGGCAGAUGGGGUUUUUAGUCUGUACUCAUCAGAUUGGGAAUAACAUGAAAGCUGGUGAUAGCAUGACAGUUUCUCCAGCCUUGCUUAAAUUUACUUGAAGGGAAUACAUGAGAAAAGACGUGAACAGGGCAUAUUUUAUAUCAGUAAUAUCAGCUUGAUCCAGUGGCUGAAAAGUUUAUAAAACCCUUAUUAUCUAAUACAGUAUUACCCGUCUGCAUGCACAAAUUCAUCAGAUUUUUUAACAUUUGAACAUAACACGCUUCCAGGAUUUCUGGUGAUGUGCUGAAAAGGUGGAGAGUAUGCACACAAAACCGUUUGUUAGAUCUGUCACGAAGGUCAGAAGGCAUCAGUUUCUGUUCCUCUAAGGCAUAGGUGUCAAACUCUGGCCCGCGGGCCAAAUUUGGCCCGCAGCCUAAUUACAUUUGGCCCGCGAAGCCAUACCAAAUUACUAUUAAUGCUGGCCUACUGGUAUUAUACAGCUAAUAUAUAUAUUGUUUAGUAUUAAGCUUUGCUUGUUCCAUAUUCAGUUUUUCAGCAAAACUUGUUUGAGUCCAUAAGAAAAGAUUCAUUCUUAUAUCUGGAGGAAGAUUUUUUUUCAAUAAAUAUUAAUGUUGGCCCGCGACUUUGUUCCAGUUUUGAAUUUUGGCCCACUGUGUAUUUGAGUUUGACACCCCUGCUCUAAGGGGACCUAAUGUUAUUACAUCUGGUACUGGAAGAUGAAGUGUAUCUAAAAUAAAAAAAAUAAAAAGAGCAAGUAAGACUGAAUCAGACCCCAAAUGGGAAUGCAAAUUGUCUUAAUACCUAGUGGACAAUAUUGGGAUGUUUGUGCCUCUUCUCACCUUUGUCAGCAAUGAAACACUACCAUUAAACUGCCGUCAUUUUAAAUUUUGUUUGACAGUUUUCCUACUGUGCUCUUGGAUUCCUUUGUGUGAGCAAAUGCAAUAAAUGACACUAUUCUUAAUUUAAGAAUGAACAAAACUCGGGUUUUUAAUUAGACAGGAGUUAGCCGAGUCCUCUUCUCCUCAGUGUUUAAUAUGAAGAAGUGUCUUCUAAACAAACCUACUGUGAGUAAAAGCACCUGAGAAUUCACAUCAGUGAUUAACAUGCUGUGAAGAUGUUUCACACACACUUUCCUGUAUAAUCUGGUCGUCAAACUAUGCCGUUUAGUUUUAUAGUAUCUACUUUAUGGCACUGAGUCAGACUCUUCUGUGAUGCCUGCAAUGUUAAUCGAAGUAUCGACACUUGCCAUGAGUCAGCUAAUAAUAUGGAGAGCAGCAGAAGCAGCAUUCAAAAACAAAAAGGAGUUUAUUACUUGUAUCAUGGUACAAUUUAACCAUACAAAAGCAACAUCACAUUGUUUGAUGUUAGCAGAGAAUAUUUUGGAUUAACAGUUUAGCAAGUGGCACAUCACAACAUCUUCCCCCUCUAAAUAUUUCUCUGUUGACUUGAAUUAAGUAUCAUGUGGUUGUCUGGGAUCUACAGGAAGCAGACCACUGUUUGGCAUGCUGCCUCAGUGCUCCAUUGGCUCAUCAGAGGCCUCUGCA